AUUAUUGUUAUUAUAGUUCCUGGUGGUCUCACGUAGAAAUGGGUCCUCCUGACCCAAUUCUGGGUGUUACAGAAGCCUUCAAACGAGAUACUAAUCCAAAGAAAAUCAACCUUGGAGUUGGAGCAUAUAGAGAUGACCAAGGAAAACCAUUUGUGCUGCCUAGUGUUAGAAAGGCUGAGGAGCUUAUGAUGGCCAGACACAUGGACAAGGAAUAUGCUGCCAUACAUGGUUUGCAAGAGUUUUGUCAAGCAUCUGCUAGCCUAGCAUUUAGUGAAAACAGUAGCGUCAUCAAAGAAGGAUUGAAUGCCACCAUCCAAGGAAUCUCUGGUACUGGAUCACUUACUAUGGGUGCAUUUUUCUUGAGAGAUUUCUUCAAAGGAAACAAAGAGGUUUACAUGCCAGCACCAACAUGGGGAAACCACAUUCCAUUAUUCAAGAGAGCUGGAUUUGCAGUCAAACAGUACAAGUAUUAUGAUCCCAAAACAUGCGGAUUAGACUUUAAGGGUUUACUGGAAGAUAUUUCAAAAAUACCAGAGAACUCUGUUAUUCUACUACAUGCUUGUGCUCACAACCCUACUGGAGUGGACCCGAAACCCGAACAGUGGAAAGAGAUGUCUGAUCUAAUUAAGUCUAGAAAAUUGUUUCCAUUCUUUGACAUGGCCUACCAAGGUUUUGCAACAGGUGACAUUGAUCGUGAUGCCAUGGCAGUCAGGAUGUUUGUUGAUAAUGGUCACAGGAUUGGCUUAGCUCAAUCUUUUGCGAAGAACAUGGGAUUAUAUGGCGAACGUGUUGGGGCUUUCACCAUGGUGUGUAAUUCAAAAGACGAAGCUCAGCGAGUUCUUUCUCAGUUAAAGAUCAUCAUUCGACCCACUUAUUCCAACCCUCCAAUUCAUGGAGCACGGAUUGCACAGACGGUUCUUGGAGAGCCAGAAUUACGAGAACAAUGGUUGAAAGAUGUGAAAGGAAUGGCUGAUAGAAUAAUUAGCAUGAGAACCCGUCUCAGAGAUGGCCUGAAAAAGGAGGGAUCGACUCGCAACUGGCAGCACAUCACUGACCAGAUUGGGAUGUUUUGUUUCACCGGAAUGAAUCCUAAGGAGGUUGAAAAACUUACAGCAGAGUUCAGCGUCUACCUGACAAAAGAUGGACGAAUUUCAGUGGCUGGUAUCUCUUCUAACAACGUAGAUUAUCUUGCCCAUGCCAUGCACCAAGCCACCAAAUAAUUUUUCUUUUCCCAACAAUUAGUAACACUAGAUGUCACUACCAGUCUUUGCUUCGUGUUCUUUGUAUGUAUAUUCUACUAAACAAAAUGUAUUUAGUUCAGUUGCACCUCUGUUUUACUAUAUUAUAGGUCUCAAUUAAUAUAAAAAAUAUUUUAGUUUGAAAACAUUAAUAUUAUAGGCGAGUGAGGUGCUAAAUAUCGCUACAUUGUAACAUACUCUGUAUGUACAUAUGGAUUAUGUACCCUAAUUCAAAUGUGUUUCAUAGUCUUAAAAAACAAAUUUAAAGAGUUUUUUUUGCUGUAACUUGUGUAUAUUUUUUUUUACACCAUCACUUUAUAUUAAUCAGAAAGUAUUGAGCAUCGGGUUUAGUAAAUAGAAAAACUAGAACUUUUGUUUGUUUUUUCCCUCUAAACAGUGUUACAUUUUUUAAUAUACUGCUCUGUAAGUGUUAAAUUUUUGGUUUUGUGAAGAGGUUGGAGGACGUUUAUCAAAAAUGUAUCAUUAUCAUUUAAUAAAGUAUGGUGAAAUACUU